CAUGACGGGGACGCGAGGUAAGACGGGGUCACGCACACAUACAAGAAACUAGACUCUUGCGAACAGAAAGCAAUAACCCAAUAGGAAGCCAUACUCGAUCAACCGUCAGUGCGACAGAAACAGUGAGUGGGAGUGCACGCGUUUUUUGUUUACAAACGAAAAUCACGUUGAGUGUCUCGUCGAUCUAAUUUUACGCAGUUAAAAACGUCUUUACUGUAAGGUAAAACAAUGGUACGUUCAUACAAGAAAAAAACUAAAAGAGGAGAGUGGUCAACAAUUUCUAUGAAAACAGCUAUAGAUAAAGUAUUAAGUAAAGAAAUGGGCUACAGAAAAGCCGCUUCUGAAUACGGAGUGCCUCAGACUACUUUGGAGCGAUAUGUUAAGAAAAUGAAGGAAGAUGGUGAAGUUACAAUUGGUGUACCUUUGGGCCCUAAAAAACCUAUUUUUACAACAAAAGAAGAAGACGAGAUUGUGGCAUAUCUAAAACAUAUGGAAGAACGUCUUUUUGGGCUGACAACUCUCGAUCUGAGACGUCUAGCAUAUCAACUGGCUGUGAGAAAUGGUAAGGCGCACAAUUUUAAUACUGACAAGCAGAUGGCAGGGGUUGAUUGGCUCAAAGGUUUCUUAAGGCGUCAUCCAGAUUUAUCCAUUCGUAAGCCCGAAGCUACUUCAGCAGCUAGAGCAAUGGGGUUUAAUAAAGUGGCCGUUAGUAAAUUCUACCAGUUGCUCGGAGAGAUUUAUGACAAGCAUAAAUUAACUCCUGACAAAAUAUAUAAUUGUGACGAAACUGGUAUCUCCGUUGUAUCUAAAACCAAGAGCAAAAUAUUGGCCAUGAAAGGACGAAAACAAGUAGGCUCGUUAUCAUCUGCAGAUCGCGGCCAGACUAUUACAGUAGAAAUAUGUUUUAACGCUGCUGGAACCUACAUGCCUCCACUGAUGAUUUUUCCGAGACAACGAAUGAAACCAGAAUUGUUAGAUCACGCCCCACCAGGUACUGAAGGUGUUUGCAAUGCUCGAGGCUGGAUAACUACCGAAAUAUUUUUGACUUGGUUCAAAAAGUUUAUCAGAUUCUCCGGAGCUACUCCUACUAAUCAUGUGUUGCUGCUUCUUUUCCAUUGCAUUGCAACAGUGCCUUUUAAAAACAUCAAACCACUUUGGUUCGCGUAA